UUUAUUGUUGCUUAGUGCACCAUUAGGCUAGCUAGAAAGGAGGAAAUGGAUGCCGGAACUGCUUCUACUGACACCUGUGAUGGUGGUUCGCCUUCGUUCCUCCUGAACUACAUCAACUCAUGUGCCAUGGGGACCAAGCCUUGCCUGAUAGACGUCCGCGACGCAUCUAAAUUCAUCGAGUCUAGGCUACGCGGUAGCUACAACAUACCGCUGGAGUUCUUGGUACCCCGCAUGUUCAUCCUCCCUGACCGCGCCACGCCGCUGGGGCUGGUGGUGGGGGGCCCUCCGGCGACCCAGAUGGUCAAAGGCGCGGCUGCAGCUGGUGGCGCCAAGGAGGACAUCCAGGUGGCCGCCUUCCUCAAGUCCCGGGGCUGGAACGUGGCCUUUUGCGUUGAGGCGACCCCAGAGCUGUGGCGCACUGCCGCGGAGGUUGGAGAACUUGAAACCGAUGGGGACGCUGUCCUGCUGCAGCGACGCUGGCCUUUCCAGCCCAGCGGUCUACUCACCCAGCAGAUGGAGCGGAUUGAGGAGCUGCUGGUGACGAGUCGGCGUGCAGCUGAGGCAGGCCAGGCGGGGGGCGCUGCGUCCGGCGCUGGCAGCGGAGGCGACGGUGAAGUUGGAGAGGGAGUGACCAGCCCCGUUGAUGGCGUCCCCUGUGUCACGUUGCGCGCCCUGGACGUGGGUUGUGGCAGCGGCCGUGAUCUGGCGUGGCUAUCGACACGUAACCCACGCAUCGACGUGCCAAGCAGCCAAGAGGCCGAAAAGACUGAGGAGGUGCAGGUCGCGUGGGAGUGCGUUGGACUUGACUCAUGGCACGGCGCGCUGCAGCGUGCUGCAGAGGUUCUGUCGCUGGGGCAGGUGCCGGCGGGGCGGGGUGGCGUGACCCUUCAUCUGGUGCAAAUCGAGGGCGGGCUGCUGAAGCCACUGCCGCUUGCACCCGCCAAGGGCAGCCAGCGAGAGUUCCUGCUGCGUUACCUGGCAGGGCAGCAUGGCAGCACCGUCGAGGGCAAGGAGGGUGACGGGGAGCACGGGACGGCUGCUGCUGCGGCAGCUGCUGGUGCAGAGAAUGGGGC